UUCCGGAUCAAGAACUGCGUAGAGAACAGUCAUUCUUCCUCUCUGCCCCGCCUACAGGUCCGGAACCGAAAUCCCGCGACGAUCGGCCAAGGUUGCCGAAAGCAGGUGGGAACGUUUCUCUUUUGGAGGCGGUCUCCUGGGGGACACGGACCGGAAGUGACGGAAGCGAGUUCCGGUUGGCCGGAGCCCAGCGGCGGGUGUGAGAGUCGGUCUGGAGCCGCUUCCAGGAGCCUGAGAUCCGGAGAAGCCCGGGUCAGAGCGGCUCCUCAAGAGUUAUUGAUCUAUGAAAUGGCAGAGAAUGGAAAAAAUUGUGACCACAGACGUGUAGCAAUGAACAAGGAACAAUAUAAUGGAAACUUCACAGACCCCUCUUCAAUGAAUGAAAAGAAGAGGAGGGAUCGGGAAGAGAGGCAGAAUAUUGUCCUGUGGAGACAGCCACUCGUUACCUUGCAGUAUUUUUCUCUGGAAAUCCUAGUAAUCUUGAAGGAAUGGACCUCAAAUAUGUGCAGCGUAUAGAGAAGCAGCUGCUUUUGUAUGCCUACUGGAUAGGCUUAGGAAUUUUGUCUUCUGUUGGGCUUGGAACAGGGCUGCACACCUUUCUGCUUUAUCUGGGUCCACAUAUAGCGUCAGUAACAUUAGCUGCUUAUGAAUGCAAUUCAGUUAAUUUCCCCGAACCACCCUAUCCUGAUCAGAUUAUUUGUCCAGAUGAAGAGGGCAUUGAAGGAUCCAUUUCUUUGUGGAGCAUCAUCUCAAAAGUUAGAAUUGAGGCCUGCAUGUGGGGUGUCGGUACUGCAAUCGGAGAGCUGCCUCCAUAUUUCAUGGCCAGGGCAGCUCGACUCUCAGGUGCUGAACCAGAUGAUGAGGAGUAUCAGGAAUUCGAAGAGAUGUUGGAAAAUGCAGAGACUGCACAAGACUUUGCCUCCCGGACUAAACUGGCAAUUCAAAAUCUAGUACAGAAGGUUGGAUUUUUUGGAAUUUUGGCCUGUGCUUCGAUUCCAAAUCCUCUAUUUGAUCUGGCUGGAAUAACAUGUGGACACUUUCUUGUACCUUUUUGGACUUUCUUUGGUGCAACCCUGAUUGGAAAAGCAAUAAUUAAAAUGCAUAUUCAGAAAAUCUUUGUUAUAAUAACGUUCAGCAAACACAUAGUGGAGCAGAUGGUGGCUUUCAUUGGUGCUGUCCCCGGCAUUGGUCCAUCUCUGCAGAAGCCAUUCCAGGAAUACCUGGAGGCCCAGCGGCAGAAGCUUCACCACAGAAGUGGAGUGGGCACGCCACAGGGAGAAAACUGGUUGUCCUGGACAUUUGAGAAGUUGGUCGUCGUAAUGGUGUGUUACUUCGUCCUGUCCAUCAUUAACUCCAUGGCGCAAAGUUAUGCCAAAAGACUCCAGCAGCGGUUCAGCUCAGAGGAGAAAACUAAAUAAGUGGGAAAACUUUUUAACAGCAGAAAUUAUAAUGGAUGGGUUCUGCCUUAAUUGGGAGGACUCCAAACCAGAAAGGAAAAUUCUCGUUUCCACCCUGGAUCAAUUUAAAUUUUUUUUCCCCCCCAAAAGCAGUUUAGUCCAUAUUUUGCACUGACAUACUUUUCUUUGUGUGUUAAGGUAAGGUAUCCACCCUCAGUUCAAGUCAAGUUGUAUUUUAUUACGGUGGAAUGUGAUGUUAGCAAACUUAACAGAAAUCGGCCUUCUUUUUGUUCGUUUCAAAAGGCCCCUGUGGUACAAUUAAAGAAUUCCGGGCACCAUAAAAAAAAGUUCCUCAGUAUGUUAAAUAUGUCAAGCUUUUUAGGCUUGUCACAAAUGACUGCUUUGUUUUUCUAAGUCAUCAAAAUGUAUAUAAAUUAUACUAGAUUGGAUAACAUUCUUGCAUGUCUAUCAUGGUAAAAUUUAAUAUGCCAUCCUGCCCAACCCCUCCUCUCCUACCUUCAAAAAAGGGCCAUCUUAUGAUGCGAUGCACACCCUCUUGGGAAAUUGAUCUUUAAAUUUUGAGACAGUAUAAGGAAAAGCUGGUUGGUGUCUCAUGAAUGUACUGACACCAUUUUUUAUUCUGUAUAUUUAGAAUGAAGUCAUGAAAAAACUUUAUAAAGACCUCUUUGAUCAUUCCAAAAUUGUGUUCGUUUUCUUGAGCGUUUUGAUGUUUUACUUCCUUUUAGCUUCUACCAAUUGAAUGGCAGCCUUGCCAGAUCCGCUUACAACCAUAGUUUCUUAAGUCUUUGUUUGCAUGAAAAGAGGCACCGCCAGGCAUUUUUUAUUAGGCUGGAAUUGGGCUGCUAGCUGCACACUGCUGAAAUAGCACCUUAGGGAUUGGCUAAGUGAGGUGACUUCUUGGUUUGUGAAAUGAUGAUGAGAUGGUAGAGAUGGUAGUAUGCAAAUUAAAGAACACUAGAAAGAGAGAUAAUUCAUUUUUUAAAAAAGGCACUUUUCUCAUGUGUUAAUUUUAGCUCACCAUGUACUCUGGUUUUUAACAGAAAUUUAUAUGUAACCUAAUUUUCUUGUCUUUUUCAGUAAGUGUUUUGCUCUUAUGUGAUUUUUUUCCUUUGGGGUGUUUCUGGUUGAACUGGGCCAUUUUGUUUUGCUUGGGAGGAAAAUAAACAAUUUCACUUUUUUCCUUUAGGAAAAUUGGUACUGACAUUAUGUUGAGAGUAGUUUAAAUUUCAACAGGGCAGAAAUGCCCAAUUUGUUUUAUCCAAUCCUGCCUGAAUGUCUGCUUGUUUUGCCUAUCGUCGUGACAUCUCCAUGGCUGUACCACCUUGUCGGGUAGCUUAUCAGACUGAUGUUGACUGUUGAAUCUCAUGGCAACAGCAGUCGAUGGGCUGUCUGACAUUUUGGUAUCUUUCAUCUGACCAUCCAUACCAAAUGUUCCCAUCCAAACAUUACCCAAAAUCAUGGUUUAUUAUAAAAAACUCUGGUCCUUAUGUCUAGUGGUACUUGGAAUCAUUUAUGCCGUAGUAUUGCAGCAGUGUCAAGAGGAUUUUAUGGAAAAUUGGGAUAGUCCCCAUGACCACAGCUAAA